AUCGGAAUUUCACGAUCUCUUUCCGCUCAGUGCCGCCAAAUGCGAAAUUUCACAGCGCGCAUGCCCACUUCAUUCUCUUUCGCGAAAAGAUGGCUACCGCUGCUAAACAAGCUAAGACCGAAGAAAAGAACGGGGCUGAAAAUGCCGAUGAACAGGCCGACAAAGAACAACAGGAGGCCAUUGAGCAAAUUGACGAGGUCCAGAACGAAAUCGACCGACUGAACGAACAAGCGAGUGAAGAGAUUUUAAAAGUUGAACAGAAAUACAACAAAUUAAGACAGCCAUUUUUCCAGAAGCGAUCUGAUCUCAUUGCUAAAAUACCCAACUUCUGGGUGACUGCUUUCGUGAACCACCCACAGGUGUCUGCCCUGCUUAACGAGGAGGAUGAGGAGGCAUUACAAUUCCUCACCAAGGUGGAGGUACAGGAGUUCGAGGACAUCAAGUCAGGAUACAAGAUCAACUUCUACUUCGACCAAAACCAGUAUUUUGAGAAUGACGUCAUCUCUAAAGAAUUUCACUUGAACGACACUGGAGAGCCUUCAUCAAAGUCAACACCCAUCAAAUGGUGUGCGGGCAAGGAUUUGACAAAAAAAGCUACCUCACCUGCCAAGGGAGGCCGGAAACGCAGCCCCGAGGACCAGGAGUCUUUCUUUUGCUGGUUUUCUGACCAUGGUGAUGCUGGCGCAGACGAACUGGGAGAGGUGAUCAAGGAUGAUAUUUGGCCAAACCCUCUACAGUACUACCUGGCUUCUGAAAUUGACGAGGAGGGUGGUAUGGGAACUGGUGGUGAGGAAGAUCUCGAGGAUAUUGAUGAGGAGGAGGAUGAGGAUGGUCUUGAGGGGGAGGAUCCAGAUGAGGAGGGAGAGGAGGAUGACGAAGGUGGUGAGGACGAUGAGGGAGAGGAUGAAGGAUAGAUCAUACCUUACUGUACGCUCAACAGUUACAUUACACCAUUACCUGGGAAACCGGGCCUCUAAAGCAGAAUGGAGACAGAUGCUACAUUAUGCCCCAGUUUAUAAGUUAACAGUUCAAUUUUUGCAGGUGGACUUAUAUUGAAAUUGCACUUGACAAGACUUGUGUUAAAUAUAAAAAAUGUACAAUGAUUCAUGUGACAUCAAAAUUCUCAAUAUUCAUUCUUAUAUACUGGUAUCAAUGCAUUCAUCUCAUCCUUCAUGUUAUUUUACCAUACUCAUAAUUCUUUUUUAAUUGACUGUCAGACAGGUGUGUUAUUAAAUUAAAAAAAAAGUAUUUUUAUUAUAUUUCUAAAUAAUAAUUAUAUGACUUCUUAUUAUAUUUAUAUAUAUAUAAUAAUGAUGUAUGGCAUAUCUUUAAGGUUUUUUUCGCAAAUGAUUCAGGUCCUCAUACUUGUAUGGCUUCUCUCCUGUGUGUAUUUAAGUCAUUUGUUGCAUCAGAUCUUCAUAUAAGUACCAGAAGUUACCUCUGUCAGUCAAAAGUAAUUUCAUGUUUAUUUGGCUCAACAUAAUCAUCAUCAUGAUUAGUUAAUUCGCAUCAUCAGUUAAUGACCAUUAUCAUCAUCAUCAUUAUCAAUCAUUGACCAUUAUAAUCAAUCAUCACCAAUCAGUGACCAUUAUAAUCAAUCAUCAUCACCUCCAUCAUCAUCAUUAUAAUUACAAUCAUCAUCAUUUUUACAUUAUUUCAUCAUCAAAUUGCAUUGGGUAACCAUUCCUUGGAAAGGAUUGUGACUAUAUUGUUUUUGUAUCUGACCUUUAUUUAUGUUUACCCGAGAUCAUGCGAACGAUUUUAUCACAAUGUGUUGUUAAGUGAAUGUGUUAUGUAGAUGGAACUGCCACUUCUAAAUGGAUAGCAGCAGAAAUAAAAUCUAGGUAGCCUA